ACUGACUCUGGGAGCAGACAGUCUGCAGCCCUGAAUAAAUGUAUAAGAGGGAGAAGAGGAAGGGAGGGCACAUUAGCAGGCAGGGAGAGCAAAGGGAGGGAGAGAGAACAUAUUGAGUGUUGGAGGACAUACAUGCACAGUGUACAGAGAGAGUGAGACACACAGAUAGAGAGAGAAAGAAACAGAAAGAAAGAGAGGGAGAAGGAAACCGGUCCAGCUUAUAGGAAGGAGAAAGAGCAUUUUAGCUUCCUUCAAACAUCUCUCCCUCUCCUCCCAGCACAAACACAUGCUCAUACACACUCCCACCCUCUCUUCCCGACACACACACCAUUACAGACACACACAUAUACACACACAGACACGAUUGCUUUAGGGUAUACCAGUCGGCUUUGGCAGUCCUCUCCUUUGUUGUUUUUGCUUUUGGUUAGUCUCAGCGGCAGCGCGGCGUGCGCCUGUAUCGCUGGGGUGGGUGCAUGUGCAAGUGUGUGUGGAGUCUGCGAGGCGGUGUGUGAAGGAUGCCACUAGCAGUACCCGGAAAAUGAGUUUGGAGGAGGCGUGGUGAGCCGAUUCUCUGCAGCUGAACGUCAGUGUGGUCACGGUGGAAGCAGAGGUCUGGACCAGGGAGCUGUCUCAACCCCCAAACCAUUUCAGAUGGAGGUGGAUGCAGACGAUAAGCGCCAUCGCACACGCUCUAAAGUGCCGGUGGAUCCAGCAUUAACGGAGCUUUUCAGUGUGUACGGCUGCCCUCUGGCCAAGAAGAGAAAAAGUCUUGAAAGACAAACCCUAGAAACUUCACCCAAGAGGAGCACCUACCUAGAUGACAUGGACAACUCCACCAUGGAGGAGUGCUACGAGACAGACGGAACUGAGGAGAUGGACGACAGGGAAGAAGAGGAGGAGGAAGGAGCAGUAGAAGAGGAGGAGGAGGAGGGAGAAGUGGAGGAGGAGGAGGAAGAAGAAGAGGAGGUUGAAGGUUAUAUGGACUACAAUGAAGAGCAAAUUGAGCAUGAAGAAGGGGAGGUGGAAAGAGGGGACAGAGAGGACGAGGAAGAGGAGGAAGAAGAAGAGGUAGAAGUGGAGCAAGAAGAGGAGGAGGAGGGCGAGGAGGAGAGGGUGGAAGAAGCAGAGGACGAGGAGGAUGCCGUGGAGGAGGUAGACUAUGAAGAUGGAGAGGAUGACGAAGGAGAGCUGGGUCAAGGGCAAGAGGACGAUCAGAUGAGCAGCGGCGAGGGGGCUCAGGGUGACGGCAGAGGUGGCGGUGGCGGUGGCAAUCCCAAAUCCGGCCCGGCGAUGGAGAAGGACGACAACAACAACAACAACAACGAAGAGUACGAAAACUACGACGAGCUCGUGGCCAAGUCCCUCCUCAACCUGGGCAAGAUCGCAGAGGACGCCGCCAACCGAGCCAUGACGGAGUCCGAAAUGAACAGCAACUCCUCGAACAGCGCAGAGGAAGAAGAAGAUGAUGAGGAGGAAGAGGAGGAGGAGGACGAGGAGGAGGAAGAGGAGGAGGAGGAGGAAGAAGAAGAGGAGGAGGAUGAGGAGGAAGACGAUGAGGGGGAGGGGGUUGAACCACAGAGGGGAGAACUGAGUUUGGACGUUGACAGUGAUGUAGUCCGGGAGACGGUGGACUCUCUAAAGCUGUUGGCACAAGGUCACGGCGCCGUACUGUCUGACACUUUAGAUGGACAGGAAUUUGAAGAUGGAUCAGCCGAGAAUGGCGGCCAGAACGACUGCCGUCACAAUGGGGGAAAUGCACACAACAGUGGUAAUGGACAAGGUAAGACCAACGGUAACGGACAAAUAGAAAACAGCGAUGAGGAAGUGUGUUUAAGCAGUCUGGAGUGCCUACGGAACCAAUGCUUUGACCUGGCGCGGAAACUAAGCGAGACAAAGUCCUCCGACCGCAACGGACCGUCCCAGCUGAACCAUUUUUCAUGCGGCGAUCCCAAUCAACAGGCGCAGCAUCACAGCUACGCCGACUUCCACCACAGCCAAGAGGAGAGGCGGUUACUUGACAGGAACUAUUCCGACAUGGACAAUCUCCUGAAGCUGGAGGAGCAGCUGAGCCCGCGCUCCAAGGCCUUCUCGAGUUGCGCGCAGGACGACCGAUAUCACACGAACCACCGGGACUACGACGAGGACACGGCCUCUGUGACGUCGGAUCGGUCGGAGGAGGUGUUUGACAUGACAAAGGGGAACCUGUCCCUGCUGGAGAAGGCCAUUGCACUAGAGUCAGAACGCGCCAAGGCAAUGCGGGAUAAAAUGGCGGCCGAUGCUGCCAGGAGAGACGGUGUGAGGUAUAACCAUGACGACCAUGGCCAUCGGCAUGGAUACGGUAUGGAACGUAAAGCCCGGCUUCCUGAUGGUAUGAAGAAACCUUUCUACCAUAAAGAUGCUUCACGAGCAGACAAGAAGGAAAGUCGAUGUCCGACGCCAGGUUGUGAUGGCACGGGACACGUGACGGGCCUGUACCCCCACCAUCGGAGCCUCUCUGGCUGUCCACACAAAGACAGGGUGCCACCAGAAAUUGUGGCAAUGUAUGAGAAUGUUCUUAAGUGUCCUACGGUUGGCUGCACGGGACGCGGCCAUGUCAAUAGCAACAGAAACUCCCACAGAAGUCUGUCAGGUUGUCCCAUCGCAGCAGCCGAGAAGCUGGCCAAAGCCCAGGAGAAGCACCAGGGCUGUGACGGCCCCAAAUCCAACCAGGCGUCUGACCGAGUCUUAAGGCCUAUGUGCUUUGUCAAACAACUGGACUAUCCACAGUAUGGUUACAAGAACAAUGUUUCCACCAGCACGCCCCGCUCCAACCUGGCCAAGGAGCUGGAGAAGUACUCCAAGACCAGCUUCGACUACAGCGCCUUCGACGGCAGCAACAACCACCAGGUGUACGGGAAACGGGCCAUCGCACCCAAAGUUCACGGACAAAGAGACACCUCGCCCAAAGGAUAUGACGCCAAACGUUACUGCAAGAACUCCAGCUCGGCCAGCAGCACCACCAGCACCUACGCUCCCAGCAGCAGCAGCAGCAGCCUGAGCUGUGGAGGUGGAGGAGGGGGCAUGGGAGGGGGAGGGGGGAGAGGAGGCGGGGGCAGCAGCGCCAGCAGCACCUGCAGCAAGAGCAGCUUCGACUACAGCCACGACAUGGAGGCCGCCCACAUGGCCGCCACGGCCAUCCUCAACCUGUCCACGCGCUGCCGAGAGAUGCCUCAUGGCAUGGGGGGGAAACCCCAGGACCUGUGCUCGCAGAGCCCGGGUCUCGAUGUUGAUGAGAACGGUACGUUGGACCUGAGUAUGAGCAAGCGUCUGUGCGGCGGCGGCGGGGACUCGGUGCUCACCCCUCUAGAGCCCAUGUCCCCCCAGAGGCAAGCCGCCCUGCUGGGCUCCCGCUGCUACGGCAUCGGGGACGCCGCCGACUGCUGGGACCUGCCUGUAGACUACACCAAGAUCAAACACAUAGACGAAGACGAGAAAGAGCCGGACGACCUGGACCCGUUCCACGACCUGCUGGACGACCGCUCCUACACCACAGAUGUGAACAUGCCCAGCCCCAAGCCCAAGUAUGUCCAGUGCAAAGAGAGUAAGAAGGACCUGAUAACUCUCUCAGGUUGUCCUUUAGCUGAUAAAAGCAUUCGAAGCAUGCUGGCCAACAACGCGCAGGAGCUCAAGUGCCCGACACCAGGGUGCGACGGCUCGGGACAUAUCACUGGCAACUACGCCUCUCACAGAAGUCUCUCCGGGUGUCCUCGGGCCAGGAAAAGUGGGAUAAAGAUCAUCCACAGUAAAGAGAACAAGGAGGACCAGGAGCCUAUCAGGUGUCCUGUCCCGGGGUGUGACGGUCAGGGACAUGUGACGGGGAAGUACGCCUCCCACAGAAGUGCGUCCGGAUGUCCCAUCGCUGCAAAGAGACAAAAGGACGGCUACCUAAACGGCAUCCAGUUCACGUGGAAGUCUGGGAAAACAGAGGGCAUGUCGUGCCCAACGCCAGGCUGCGACGGCUCGGGUCACGUCAGCGGCAGCUUCCUGACACAUCGCAGUCUCUCAGGUUGUCCGCGUGCCACCUCGGCCAUGAGGAAAGCCCGGCUCUCUGGAGUGGAGAUGCUCACGAUAAAGCAGCAACGAGGCACCAACGGGCUGGAGCAUGAGGAGGACAUCAAACAGCUGGAUGAAGAAAUCAAAGAUUUAAGUGAAUCAAAUUCACAAGUGGAAGCAGACAUGAUCAAACUCCGAACACAGAUCACAACAAUGGAGUCCAACCUGAAGUCCAUAGAGGAGGAAAACAAGAAACCACUGGCUCACAAAGAGCCGCCUCUGAGGAACAACAGCUGCUUACAGCUGCACCAGCAAGACCCAAUAAGCGAGCAGAACUUUGAUGCCUACGUAACCACUCUGACAGAUAUCUACACAAACCAAGACCAGUACCAGAGCCCGGAAAACAAAGCCCUGCUGGAAAACAUCAAACAGGCAGUUCAAGGGAUCCAAGUGUAACCGUUGUGCAGAGGGAGACUUUUGUUCCCCGGCUGUGAGGGGUGUGCAUCAGAUCUGCGUUCAAACACAAAGUGAUGGUUUGAUCUCCUCGGUUCGGUGCAGUAACUUCUAUAGUGUUAUAUAUUCUACAUUCUGUUCUCUGAAAAAAGAGGUAUUAUGCUUAGAAAGACCUCAGAUAUUUCUUUCUUUCUUUUCUUUCCUUUGGGCCUUGCUUUGUGGAAUAACACAAGAGAAUAAACGGCAAAAUAGUUUUUGAGGACAUUCACAUUUUGUACGUUUUCAUAUGAGCUGACAUAGUGUCAUGUAAUGUUUCUAGCUGCUCAUGUAUGCACAUUUUUAGUGUAUAUUUCUGAACAGUAAGCUAAACGCUAAUGGAACGCGAGUUCUUUUUAUUGCUUGACAAACGAAGCAUUUUAGAUGAAAAAACUGGACAGUGGAUCAAAUGAAAAACGAGUACAAGCAAGGAGGAGACGACUUCUUUUUCUCCCAGACGGAUGAUUUUGGACUGGAUGAUUUUAGAUGUUUUUGUUUCUUCUUCUUCUUCUUCUCCUUCUACUUCUUCUUCUUCUUCUUCUUCUUCUUCUUCAUCUUCUUGCGUGUAGAUUGUUCCAGAGCAAGAAGUGGUUUGCAUAUCGCUUUAUUUUCUGACGAUGCUUGAGAAAACGUUUGUGUUUAACGAAGAGAGAAAAAAAAAAUGGAGGUUGUAGCUGUAAGGUGGGGGAAUUUUAAACUGGUGCUGUAAAAGAAUCUGGAGAGGAAACUGACCUGAUGUUUGUAUGAAUGUAUGUUUGAACAGUUAUAUUGUAAACAUCACUACACGGAAACCCGAUGGUGGAAAUCCCAUGAACCUAGGAGAGCCAAUUGACUCCUAGAAGAAUACAUCUGUGCGACGCAUGUUCACAUGCUCAUCCUAAUCUCGAAUAGAAACCAUGUGUAAAGACAAUGAGCUACAAUCGACUCGUCUUAGUAUCAAACCUGCUCAAUUCAGAGACUCGCUAGGAUCAAGAAAUGUCUCAGCAAUACAAGAACUAAAUCAUUUGUUUAUAGUCGGUACGGGAUGCAAUCUGCAAAGAAACAAAAAAGGUUGGGAAUAUGCAAUUUCUUGUUUAUAAGCAUAGCGGGGUGACAUGAAUCUUUUUAAUAUAGCCUAUGUAAAAUAUUGAUUUUUAUACAAAUCUUUUAAUACAAAAAGUCUUUUUAAAAAAGGAGGAGGGGGAACCUGGACAUUGAGUUUGAGAAGCGAAAGUAUAUGAGUUCCACUUUUUUUCUGUACGAUUUUGCACAGGGACACCUUCGUUUCCAUGUUUUGAUGUUGAUACAGAAACGUAAACGCAGUACCCGAGAGCCUGAGCGGAGGGUGUCAGAGGGUUUUGUAAAGAGUAUUUAUAGAGUAUGACAGCGGGACUUACAGGGUCACUGUCCCCACUUAUGUGCCAGUAGACUAUUUGCACUUGUCCUUGAAGAUAUUAUCCUUACGUACGGCGGCGUGCAAUUUUUCCAGGUGACCUCUUUGGCACAGGAGCGGAGCAGCCAAACUGCUUGGAGCCACUGCAGACGUGAAUUUAGUACCACUGAGAGGAAGAACAGGGACUUGAAAUCAGAGAGGAGGAGGAUUCUAACCAUAGCAGUUAUACUGUAGGCGUAUAUCAAGUGUAAAAACAUUAACAAUGUUGUUUCAUUUUUGCUAUGUUUUAGAAAGAUGAAGUUAUCCCCCAGCAGCACUUUAUAUCUAAUCACUGUACAAAGGAUUAAAUAGUCAAUCAAUUCAAGGUUUGGAAAAAAAAAAAAAA